UUAAGCAUUAUACAGUGAGGUGUUUCAAUGAUUUCAUAGUGAUAAUGAAAUUAAUUCGAAAACUAUGAAAAGUUUGUGUUUAUUAUUUGUUUUUGUGUGCAUAUGUUGCGGAGUGUUAUUACCUAGUAUUCCUCAGCAUUUGCAGCCCUGUUACCGAAAUGGAGGAGCAUAUCUAGGGGCGCCACAUCGACUGGAUGUUUUUCUGUCGCUUAUUAGAAAAUUAGAACAUAAUACAAGUCUGGAUUUGAGACUAUUUAGUACUGCUUUGUUGAGGAGUCUUCGGUUAGAUGGUAUAGAGGAAGCUGCUAAUUCUAUCGAAACGGAAUUCCUACUGCCUUUUAGAGCUUCAGCAUUUCAGUUCCAUAAAUACAAGCUGCUUAUGGACAUAUUUUUGCCAAGCCAAGAUCUCAUAGAUGUUGAUGAGUUAUUACAUUUAGAAGAAAAAUGCCUGCUUCAUACACUGAUCAGUUCGACAGUGCAGCCGUGGGAAAGAGGCGAUGAAAACAUUGUAUGUCCUUUGUCUGCUGAACAGCAACAGAGCAUCUCAAUAGAGAGUAGAACCAGGUUACUCAGUCGAUGUCCUAUAGAAGACGGAGUUGUUCAGACAGAAUGGGGCGCAAUAGCAGCGGGGACACUUAUAGCUGCCAUUGCCUCAUCUUUGGAAGCCCAGAGAGUUUCGGUCACAGAUAUUCUUCAGGCUAAUGUGUUCAAGGAGGACAUACCGGAGUCUAUAAUCAAUACGGCGUUAAAAGAAUGGGACGAAAAACUAGAACGACUCAAUGAAUUCGAUGACCAAACAGCUACGUCAAACAUUGAUAUCAGCAAUACAUGGGCUGCGACAUUGGCUGGUGAUUUAGCCGAAGUGGUGGUUAAUCAAGGUCCGCGAGUGGGAGCAGCAGUCCAGCACUUAACCAUCGGGACCAAUAACAGGUGGAAUGAUACCCUGCUGCCAAGACACUAUUACUUAUUUCAGCACAAUAAUAUUACCGACUGGCACAUGACAGACGCUGAAAUUUUAACUGGAAUUGAUGGUCUGAUAUUAGCGCAUCAUGUACCAGGUUGGGUAGAACAAAGAAGAUCGUUGCGUUUAUCGCAGAUAAUUGAGAUGUAUUACACAAACGAAGGAGUCUCGUUUGACCCCAGGGUGAAGGCUUGCAACAGGCACGCCUUGUUGUCAGAUAUCGUCACCAGCCAACAGCUGUCGGUGGAAGCUUCUAGAUUGGCUCAUAUACUAUCUUUGCGUCAAAUCACUGUUUACAUUCCGGUCGAGGAAUUGAAUAGAAUCACUGAAUCUGCGGUCACGGUGCUCAUGAGUUAUCUUCCAACUUUGCUGAGACAGAAUCACAAAGAUUGCAGGGCAAGUCGCAGUAUACCCACCAUGGAUCUUGUUGUGGCCACUGAUAGUUCCUGGAAUGGAUAUGAGGUGGAACAAUUCAUGUCGUGGAUAGGCGGUGCGCUUGAGAUUAAUUUACAAAAAAGUACAUUAGGUUUGCUCCAUGGGAACACGGGGGAAUUUAUCGCGCAGCCAUCCAACAAUCUGACCAAUUUAUUUACAGCUUUACACAACUUUACCAGUCAAUGGCCGAAUCGGUUAAACCUUCCGAAUGUAAUAUCAUCUGUUACGCAGCACAUCCGUAACGCGACACUAAAAGAUAUACGAGACAUGAGAAGUGCUGGACCAAGUACAGUGGUUCUGAUCGUGUCUCCAACAGACCGGAUGUCCUCGGUGGAGCUAGAGAGAUCUAGAACUAUCAUGAACUCUCUGCGCUCGAGUUUCUUCGACGUGUAUUUCGCAUACGUCGCGCAAGACGUAGCUGAAUAUAAAAACAUAAACAACGAAUAUAUGGACUAUUCGGAGUUAUUUAUAACGGUUCCCACAAAAGAUAUAGCUGAUGUUAUUGCAGCUGUCGAUAACCAUUUGGUGAAUAAUGUUAUACCGUCAAGGAUAAUGGGAGCCCAGUGUUCCUUCAAUGACACCGAUUUCCCGCAAAUUCCGUACGAGGACUAUGUGCUGCCGGGGCGGGAACAAGCCUACAGAAUACACCCGUUCUACAUGAAACAGCAAGCCUUAGUAAGUCUACAGUUUCGCAACGACGGCCACGGCAGAAUACUGGUAUGCUUAUGGCGUGGUGCGGAAACAUCCCAUACCUGUCAAGCGAUGAAUGAGCGAGACAUCCAUAUAUUUAAUUUGACGAACCCUUGUGCUUCACCAGAUUUUUGUCCACCUGCCAAUGUUCUCGUCACUGCUUUAACCACACAAAAUUUGUGCGCACAUAACGAUUGCCGGCUUCCGCAUCAGGUGGGCUUCUAUAUUCAGCAUUCUGGUUUCCGUUGCUUGCCACUCCUGGGGUCUGCGGCCGCGGUGUCGCCAAUUUGGAAAGUGCUCCGCCUUUCUCUUGUGAUCUCAUUAUUGUUAUUGUUCUGAAUAAAAAUAUAUGUAAAGAA